AUGCCUGUACUUGGGGUUGCCUCAAAACUGAGGCAGCCAGCUGUUGGGUCAAAGCCUAUUCAUACUGCUAUUCCGAUACCAAAUUUUGGCACUACUGGGUCACAGCACUAUUCUUCGAGACCUCUGGAACUUACUGAAUCAGAGAGCUCAAUGCUGUCUUGUCAGGUCACAUUACAAUCAGCCUGUGAAUUUGAAGAGAAGAAACCCCUCCAAGGAAAAGCUAAGGAGACAGAAGACAGCAAGAUUUACACGGACUGGGCCAACCACUACCUGGCAAAAUCAGGCCACAAGCGGCUGAUCAAGGAUUUGCAGCAAGACAUUGCAGAUGGAGUACUGCUAGCAGAAAUCAUCCAGAUCAUUGCAAAUGAAAAAGUUGAAGAUAUCAAUGGAUGUCCUAGGAGUCAAUCUCAGAUGAUUGAAAAUGUUGAUGUCUGCCUUAGUUUUCUAGCAGCCAGAGGAGUAAAUGUUCAAGGUCUAUCUGCUGAAGAAAUAAGAAAUGGAAACUUAAAAGCCAUUCUAGGGCUGUUUUUCAGUUUGUCUCGCUACAAGCAGCAGCAGCAUCAUCAGCAGCAGUAUUACCAGUCCUUAGUGGAGCUUCAGCAGCGGGUCACUCACGCCUCCCCUCAGGCAGAAGCCAGUCAGGCCAAAACCCAGCAAGAUAUGCAGUCCAGUCUGGCAGCCAGAUAUGCAACUCAGUCUAAUCACAGUGGAAUUGCAACCAGUCAAAAAAAGCCUACUAGACUUCCAGGUCCCUCUAGGGUGCCAGCUGCAGGCAGCAGCAGCAAGGUCCAGGGAGCCUCCAAUUUAAAUAGGAGAAGUCAGAGCUUUAACAGCAUCGAUAAAAACAAGCCUCCAAAUUAUGCAAAUGGCAAUGAUAAAGAUUCCUCCAAAGGACCUCAACCAUCUUCAGGUGUGAGUGGCAGCACACAGCCCCCUGGCGCCGCUGGGCAGCCCCCGGCCUCGGCCAUCCCGUCCCCAAGCGCCAGCAAGCCGUGGCGCAGCAAGUCCAUGAAUGCCAAGCACAGCGCCACCUCCACCAUGCUGACCGUGAAGCAGUCGAGCCCAGGCACCUCUCCCACACCAUCUGCAGACAGACUGAAGCCCCCUGCCUCGGACGGGGGCAGAGCAGCUCCCUCGGGACAGAAAUCCAUGCUUGAGAAGUUCAAGCUGGUCAAUGCCCGGACUGCUUUACGCCCCCUGCAGCCUCCCAGUUCAGGACCCAGUGAUGGUGGGAAGGAGGACGAUGCCUUUUCUGAAUCUGGUGAAAUGGAAGGCUUUCACAGUGGUCUGAAUAGCGGCGGCUCAACAAAUAGCAGCCCCAAAGUGUCACCGAAAUUAGCCCCUCCAAAAGCUGGAAGCAAAAAUCUCAGCAAUAAAAAGUCUUUGCUACAGCCAAAGGAAAAAGAGGAAAAGAACAGGGACAGAAAUAAAGUUUGCACUGAAAAACCAGUCAAGGACGAGAAAGAUCAGGUGGCAGAGACGGCUCCAAAAAAGACCUCUAAAAUUGCAAGCUUCAUCCCAAAGGGCAGCAAGACGACAGCAGCCAAGAAGGAAAGCUUAAUCCCCUCUUCCAGUGGGAUUCCAAAACCGGGCUCAAAGGUGCCAACAGCAAAGCAAACUGUUUCACCGGGAAGCUCAACAAGCAAAGAGUCUGAAAAAUUCAGGACUACCAAGGGAAGCCCUUCCCAGUCCUUCCCUAAGCCCGUAACGACUGAGAAAGCAAGCACAUCCAACUGCCCUGCUCCUUUGGAAGGAAGGGAAGCUAGCCACGCCUCUCUGGCGGGUUCCUGUGCUGGGUCAGCAGCGCAAGGCAGUGGGCAGAGCGUGGGAAAUGGUGCUGUCCAGCUCCCUCAGCAGCAGCAACACAGCCACCCAAAUACUGCCACCGUGGCUCCAUUCAUUUAUAGAGCACAUUCAGAAAAUGAAGGUACCUCUUUACCAUCUGCCGAUUCCUGUACCAGUCCUACUAAGAUGGAUUUAUCAUACAGUAAGACAGCUAAGCAGUGCCUAGAGGAGAUAUCCGGUGAAGACCCUGAAACAAGAAGAAUGAGAACAGUUAAAAACAUAGCAGAUUUGAGGCAGAAUUUAGAAGAGACUAUGUCCAGUCUCCGUGGGACCCAGAUAAGUCACAGCACCUUGGAGACAACAUUUGACAGCACUGUGACGACGGAAGUGAAUGGCAGGACUAUACCCAACUUGACAGGUCGACCCACUCCCAUGACCUGGAGGUUGGGCCAGGCAUGUCCUAGACUUCAGGCUGGAGAUGCUCCCUCCCUGGGUGCUGGCUACCCUCGCAGCAGUACCAGUCGUUUCAUCCACACAGACCCCUCAAGGUUCAUGUACACUACGCCUCUCCGUCGAGCUGCUGUCUCUCGGCUGGGAAACAUGUCACAGAUUGACAUGAGUGAGAAAGCAAGCAGUGACCUGGACAUGUCUUCUGAAGUCGAUGUUGGUGGAUAUAUGAGUGAUGGUGAUAUCCUUGGGAAAAGUCUCAGAGCUGAUGACAUCAACAGUGGGUACAUGACAGAUGGAGGGCUCAACCUGUAUACUAGGAGUCUGAACCGAAUACCAGACACAGCAACUUCCAGGGAUGUCAUCCAGAGAGGGGUUCAUGAUGUGACAGUGGAUGCAGACAGCUGGGAUGACAGCAGCUCGGUGAGCAGCGGCCUCAGUGACACUCUGGAUAACAUCAGCACUGAUGACUUGAACACCACAUCUUCCGUCAGCUCUUACUCCAACGCCACUGCCCCGUCCCGAAAGAACAUGCAGCUGAAGACAGAUUCAGAGAAACGAUCUGCAACAGAUGAGCCCUGGGAUAGUACCGAGGAGGUGAAAAAAACAGAGGAGGACUUUGAUAGCCAUGGGGAUGGAGGUGGCAAGUGGAAGGGCGUUUCCUCCGGACUUCCUGAAGACCCUGAGAAGGCAGGGCAGAAAGCCUCCCUGUCUGUUUCACAGACAGGCUCCUGGAGAAGAGGCAUGUCAGCCCAGGGAGGAGCACCACCUAAGCAAAAAGCUGGAACCAGUGCGCUCAAGACCCCUGGGAAAACUGAUGAUGCCAAAGCUUCUGAGAAAGGGAAAACUCCCCUGAAAGGAUCGACUCUACAGAGGUCUCCUUCAGAUGCAGGAAAAAGCAGUGGAGAUGAGGGGAAAAAGCCGCCCUCGGGCAUUGGAAGAUCAACGGCCACUGGCUCUUUUGGAUUUAAGAAGCCAAGUGGAGUAGGGUCAUCUGCCAUGAUCACAAGCAGUGGAGCCACCAUAACAAGUGGCUCAGCAACACUGGGUAAAAUCCCCAAAUCUGCUGCCAUUGGUGGGAAGUCAAAUGCCGGGAGAAAAACCAGUUUGGACGGUUCACAGAAUCAGGAUGAUGUUGUGCUGCAUGUCAGCUCAAAGACCUCCCUGCAAUACCGCAGUUUACCCCGCCCAUCCAAAUCCAGCACCAGUGGCAUUCCCGGCCGAGGUGGCCACAGAUCCAGCACCAGCAGUAUAGAUUCCAAUGUCAGCAGUAAGUCAGCUGGUGCCACUACCUCGAAACUGAGAGAACCCACGAAGAUCGCCUCAGGGCGCUCGAGUCCUGUCACUGUCAACCAGACAGACAAAGAAAAGGAAAAAGUAGCAGUCUCAGAUUCAGAGAGUGUUUCUUUGUCUGGUUCCCCCAAAUCCAGCCCCACAUCUGCUAGUGCCUGUGGGACACAAGGGCUCAGGCAGCCAGGGUCCAAGUAUCCUGAUAUUGCCUCACCUACAUUUCGAAGGUUGUUUGGUGCCAAGGCAGGUGGCAAAUCUGCCUCUGCACCUAAUACUGAGGGUGUGAAAUCCUCCUCUGUAAUGCCCAGUCCUAGUACCACAUUAGCGCGGCAAGGCAGUCUGGAAUCACCGUCGUCUGGUACGGGCAGCAUGGGCAGUGCUGGUGGGCUAAGUGGCAGCAGCAGCCCUCUCUUCAAUAAACCCUCAGACUUAACUACAGAUGUUAUAAGCUUAAGUCACUCGUUGGCUUCCAGCCCAGCAUCGGUUCACUCUUUCACAUCAGGUGGUCUCGUGUGGGCUGCCAAUCUCAGCAGUUCCUCUGCUGGCAGCAAGGACACUCCAAGUUACCAGUCCAUGACUAGCCUCCAUACGAGCUCUGAGUCCAUUGACCUCCCCCUCAGUCACCACGGCUCCCUGUCUGGACUGACCACAGGCACUCACGAGGUGCAGAGCCUGCUCAUGAGAACGGGUAGUGUGAGAUCUACUCUCUCAGAAAGCAUGCAGCUUGACAGAAAUACACUACCCAAAAAGGGACUAAGAUAUACCCCGUCAUCUCGGCAGGCCAACCAAGAAGAGGGCAAAGAGUGGUUACGCUCCCAUUCUACUGGAGGGCUGCAGGACACUGGCAAUCAGUCGCCCCUGGUCUCCCCUUCUGCCAUGUCAUCUUCUGCAACGGGAAAAUACCACUUUUCCAACUUGGUGAGCCCGACAAAUCUGUCUCAAUUUAACCUUCCUGGGCCCAGCAUGAUGCGCUCAAACAGCAUCCCAGCCCAAGACUCAUCCUUUGAUCUCUACGACGACUCCCAGCUUUGUGGGAGUGCCACAUCUCUGGAGGAGAGGCCACGGGCCAUCAGCCAUUCAGGCUCAUUCAGGGACAGCAUGGAAGAAGUUCAUGGCUCUUCAUUAUCACUGGUCUCCAGCACUUCUUCUCUUUACUCUACGGCUGAAGAAAAGGCUCAUUCAGAGCAAAUCCAUAAACUACGGAGAGAGCUUGUUGCAUCACAAGAAAAAGUUGCCACUCUCACAUCUCAACUUUCAGCAAAUGCUCACCUCGUAGCAGCUUUUGAAAAGAGUUUAGGGAAUAUGACUGGCCGACUGCAAAGUCUAACCAUGACAGCGGAACAGAAGGAGUCUGAACUGAUAGAACUAAGAGAAACCAUUGAAAUGCUGAAGGCCCAGAACUCUGCUGCCCAGGCAGCCAUUCAGGGAGCGCUCAACGGUCCAGACCACCCUCCCAAAGAUCUCCGCAUCAGAAGACAACAUUCCUCCGAAAGUGUUUCUAGUAUCAACAGUGCCACGAGCCAUUCCAGCAUUGGCAGUGGUAACGAUGCUGACUCCAAGAAGAAGAAAAAGAAAAACUGGGUGAACUCUAGAGGAAGUGAGCUGAGAAGCUCAUUCAAACAAGCCUUUGGGAAGAAAAAGUCCACCAAGCCUCCAUCCUCACAUUCGGACAUUGAAGAGCUUACUGAUUCGUCCCUUCCAGCGUCCCCCAAGUUGCCCCACAAUGCGGGUGACUGUGGGUCAGCCUCCAUGAAGCCCUCGCAGUCCGCCUCAGCGUUACCCCUUGUCUGGCCACCAAAGAAACGGCAAAAUGGCCCUGUGAUCUACAAGCAUAGAUCCCGGAUCUGUGAAUGCACAGAGGCUGAGGCAGAGAUAAUCCUGCAGCUGAAGAGUGAGCUCAGAGAAAAGGAAUUAAAAUUAACGGAUAUUCGGCUGGAGGCCCUCAGCUCUGCUCAUCAUCUCGAUCAGAUCCGGGAAGCCAUGAACCGGAUGCAGAAUGAGAUUGAAAUACUGAAGGCUGAAAACGACCGGCUGAAGGCAGAAACAGGGAACGCUGCGAAGCCAGCUCGGCCCCCGUCUGAGUCCGCAAGUAGCACUUCCUCCUCAUCCUCACGCCAGUCCUUAGGACUCUCUCUGAACAAUUUGAACAUCACGGAGUCUGUUACCUCAGAUAUUUUGCUCGAUGAUGCUGGUGAUGCAACCGGACAUAAAGAUGGCCGCAGCGUGAAAAUUAUAGUCUCCAUAAGCAAGGGCUACGGUCGAGCAAAGGAUCAGAAGUCUCAGGCAUAUUUGAUAGGAUCCAUUGGUGUCAGUGGAAAAACCAAGUGGGAUGUCUUAGAUGGUGUAAUUAGACGUCUCUUUAAGGAAUAUGUGUUCCGAAUUGAUACAUCCACUAGCCUUGGCCUGAGCUCUGACUGCAUUGCCAGCUACUGUAUAGGAGAUUUAAUUAGAUCCCAUAACCUAGAAGUGCCUGAACUGCUGCCUUGUGGAUACCUUGUCGGCGAUAAUAACAUCAUCACUGUGAACCUGAAAGGAGUAGAAGAAAACAGUUUGGACAGUUUUGUUUUUGAUACGCUGAUUCCUAAACCAAUUACCCAAAGGUACUUUAACUUGUUGAUGGAGCAUCACAGAAUUAUACUCUCAGGACCUAGUGGUACUGGAAAGACCUAUUUAGCAAACAAACUUGCUGAAUAUGUAAUAACCAAAUCUGGGAGGAAAAAAACAGAGGAUGCAAUUGCCACUUUUAAUGUGGACCACAAGUCUAGUAAGGAAUUGCAACAAUAUCUAGCUAACCUGGCUGAACAAUGCAGUGCUGAUAAUAACGGUGUAGAGCUUCCAGUUGUAAUAAUUCUUGAUAAUCUUCAUCAUGUGGGCUCUUUGAGUGAUAUCUUCAAUGGUUUUCUCAACUGUAAAUACAACAAAUGUCCAUAUAUUAUUGGAACAAUGAAUCAGGGAGUUUCUUCAUCACCAAAUCUAGAGCUGCAUCACAAUUUCAGGUGGGUACUAUGUGCAAACCACACAGAACCAGUAAAAGGCUUUUUAGGCAGAUAUCUUCGAAGGAAACUGAUAGAGAUGGAAAUUGAAAGGAACAUACGCAAUAAUGACCUAGUCAAAAUUAUAGAUUGGAUUCCUAAGACAUGGCAUCAUCUCAACAGUUUUUUGGAAACACACAGUUCUUCUGAUGUUACCAUUGGUCCUCGACUUUUCCUUCCUUGCCCCAUGGAUGUAGAAGGUUCUAGAGUGUGGUUCAUGGAUCUCUGGAACUAUUCUUUGGUACCUUAUAUUCUGGAGGCAGUGAGAGAAGGUCUGCAGAUGUAUGGGAAACGAGCACCUUGGGAAGAUCCCUCAAAGUGGGUGCUUGAUACAUACCCAUGGAGCUCAGCAUCUUUGCCUCAAGAGGGCCCAGCAUUACUUCAGUUGAGACCAGAAGAUGUUGGGUAUGAGGGCUGCAUAUCCACAAAGGAAGCUACAACCUCAAAGCACAUUCCACAAACUGACACAGAGGGGGAUCCCCUGAUGAAUAUGCUAAUGAAACUCCAAGAAGCAGCCAAUUACUCGGGCACACAAAGCUGCGACAGUGAUAGCACCAGCCACCAUGAAGACGUUUUGGAUUCGUCUCUUGAAUCUACCCUCUAG